AUGUUGACUAGUAGAGUGUGUGGAGAGUUUGAAAGUAUGUGGAAGUUCUUUUCCGAUGAUUUAAGUGAAUCUGGAAAUUAUAAUUUUGCAACUGGAAUGCUCAAGAGUUACUGUCCUAAAGGAAAAUGUGACAGCUAUAUCAAUAAAAUUGAUGCUGGAUGUUUAUGGUUAUUUAAUAAAUUGUAUGGGGAUAAUGAAAAAUUUAUGUAUGAUGCAGAUGGCAAGACUGAUAUUGUUGUAUACAUUAUGAUAUGGUUAGGCUAUAAAUUAAAUAAAAAGUUAAAUACAGAAUUUCCAAAUCUAAAUGAAUUUUACAAUAAACAUAUGAAGAAUACCGAUGAGUAUAAUAAUCAUAUAGAUGGUGUUGAUAGUUAUAGUAGUUAUAAUGAUCUUAUAAAUAAAAAAGAAGAAUUGGUAAAUAUUUCUAAUGAAAAUAUGUCCAAACUUUAUGAUUUAUUUAAAAUUUUAUGCAAUAUGAUUAAUAAUGCUGGUAAAAAAGACAAUGGUGAAACAUAUUUAAAACAUGCUAAUGAAUUUGUUGGUGAAUAUCAAAAGCUUUUUAAUGAUAAUGAUAAUAAUGUUGAAGGAAAUUCAUAUAAUAAAAUAUUGUCUAUAUUAUCAAAUGAUUAUACUUCUUACGGAGAGCAAAGUAUUUAUAGUCAUAUAAAAAAAUUACAUCCCAAACUUAUAACGGAAAAAAAAACACAUGUUUCUGAACCAGGUUCUAAUGAAACACAAAUGGAUGGUCUCAUGAGUGGAACAUCAACAGCAAUUUCUGAAACUAAAGUAUCAGAUUCUGAAACUGAUGUAUUAGAUUCUGAAACGACACUAUCAAGUUCAUUGACAAUAAACAAAUUAAUUUCAAUUCCAUUUGUAUUGGUUGUAACAUUAAUUUUAUUAGGAAUUGCAUAUAAGUAUUCGUUAUUCGGAUUUCGGAAACGAUCUCAAAAACAUUUAAGAGAAAAGCUAAAAACAUGA